AUGACGGACAAUCCCACACUUGCCCUCAGAAAGCAAAUAAUUCUAGACGGCCCCAUCGCCAUCAACUCUGACUUUGUCUUAAUAGGCAGCAAAUCUUACCCCUCAUCAACCAAAACAACGUACACAAAUUCCAGAGACCAGCCGUAUUCUCUUGCCUCUAUCUCCUAUCUUCAUAACACUCGGUCGCUAGACCAUGGUGACUACAUCGCACAGUGCAGGAAUGUGCAGAUUGAUCCUGUUUCAUUUUUAGACAGAGAAAGGAUCCUUAAAGACCUUCUGUCUCCUCUGCCGCUGGAUAAAAUAACAGUGAUAAAGCCGUCUCGCAUACACCCCAUUAACAUUUCUCGAAUUGCAGCAGCAUACUCUGACUUGAAAAAAGCGCAGCCCACGGGUGUACAGUGCAUUCUGGUCCCUCGGGAUGACUCGGAUAUCAGAGCUGUUCUAUUCAACGGGGUUGAACCUCUGCACAAUUCGGUAACUUUUGGGGAUAGAUCAUUCACGCUCAUUCACAAUCCCUCUGAUGUGGACUCAGUUGACCGUAUUGCAGCUGUUUUUUCUGAUGGGUCUUCCUGGCAGUUCAAUGACUGGCCCUCUGCUCUAUCUGACCGCAUGAAGUACAUUCCUGUUUUCUACCUACUUUUGGGAAAAAGCUCUGCACCGCCUGCACUCCCCUUCCCAGCCACCAUUAUUAGAGCAGACGACUCCUCUGAGUCUUCGUGCAGGAGAGCAUCUGUUGCCUUCUGGUCAAUUAUGGGCGUAUCUUCCUCUGGCUAG